AUGGAUCCCUUGAGAAGUUGUGCCUACGCAGACCCAAGCAAGACACCCUGGUCAAUUGGAUGGUUGAUGGCGCCUGCAAAUCUGGCCCAGCCAUCACCGGGAGCUCCACAAUUGAUGAUGAGCAACGAACUGGCUGCUGAAGAUCGUAAGACGAUUAUUUCCCGUUGA